AUGGAGCCCAACAGCCCCCGCAAGAUCCAGUUCACGGUGCCGCUGCUGGAGCCGCACCUGGACCCGGAGGCGGCCGAGCAGAUCCGGAGGCGUCGGCCGACCCCCGCCAACCUGGUCCUGAGCAGUGACCAGUCGUCCCCAGAGAUCGAUGAGGACCGGCUGCCCAACCCCCUCUUGAAGUCCGGCCUGGCCAUGUCCCCCCGGCAGAGGAAGAAAGUUUCCCGCACCACCCCCACCAUGAAAGAGCUGCAGAUGAUGGUGGAGCAUCACCUGUGCAAGCAGGCGCAGGGUGGUGGUGGCGACGACGACGACGAAGUGGCGACCACGACUCGAUGCCACCGCGGCGACCCCGAGCAUCGCCACAGCCCCGGGGGCUCCUGCCCGCUGGCCACAGCCCAGGGCGGCCACCGGACACCCGGGGAUGGCACACCCGGGAAUGGGACACCCCAGGCUGGGACGCCCCAGGUGGGGACACCCCGGGCUGGGACCCCCCGAGCCGGGACCCCCGGGGCUGCACGGCGGGACCGGGCCGAGGAUGGGACUCAUAUAGAGCCUGGGGACAGCGCGGGCCAGUAG